AAGUAGCGCGGGCCCGAGCACUCCGUGCAGAAGUUCCCCGGCGCUCCGGCAGAGGGGGCUUCUCGCUGCCUGCGGCGCGGCGCGGGAGCGCUCGGGCUCGGGCGGACUCGGCGCCCGGCGCUCUGACUGCGCCCUCUCGCCCCAGGCGCCGGCGCGCGUGGGGAGCAGCUGCACCAGGUGGCGUCCGAGGUGGUGUCGAUGAAGCGCAGCCUGAAGAGGAUGUGGCGCCCUGGGGAGAAGAAGGAGCCCCAGGGCGUGCUCUAUGAGGAUGUGCCGGACGACGCGGACGACUGCAAGGAACCGCUUAAGGUGGUUUUUGAAGGAAGUGCGUGUGGAUUACAAGACUUUAUAUUAAACAGAUGUGACAAUGUGGACAUCUCUUUGCAUUACGCUGCAGCAGAAGGCCAAGUUGAGCUAAUGGAGAAGAUCACCAGAGAUUCCUCUUUUGAAGUGCUGAAUGCAAUGGAUGAUUAUGGAAAUACUCCUCUGCACCGUGCUGUAGAAGAAAACCAAAUUGAAAGUGUUAAGUUUCUUCUCAGCAGAGGAGCAAACCCAAACCUCCGAAACUUCAACAUGAUGGCACCCCUCCACAUAGCUGUGCAGGGCAUGCACAAUGAGGUGAUGAAGGUCUUGCUUGAGCAUAGAAGUACUAAUGUUAAUUUGGAAGGAGAAAAUGGAAACACAGCUGUGAUAAUUGCAUGCAUCAAAAAUAAUAGUGAAGCACUGGAAAUUUUGCUUACCAAAGGAGCUAAGCCAUGUAAAUCAAAUAAAUGGGGAUGUUUUCCUAUUCACCAGGCUGCAUUUUCAGGUUCCAAAGAAUGCAUGGAAAUACUAUUAAGGUUUGGUGAAGAGCUUGGGUACAGUAGACAGUUGCAGAUCAACUUUGUGAAUAAUGGGAAAGCCAGUGCUCUCCACCUGGCUGUGCAAAAUGGUGACUUGGAAAUAAUUAAAAUGUGCCUGGACAAUGGUGCACAAAUAGACCUAGCGGAGAAGGGGAGGUGCACAGCCCUUCAUUUUGCUGCCACCCAGGGAGCCACUGAGAUUGUUAAAUUGAUGAUAUCGUCCUAUUCUGGUGGCAUGGAUAUUGUUAAUACAACCAAUGGAAGUGGUGAGACCAUGCUUCACAGAGCUUCAUUAUUUGAUCACCAUGAACUAGCAGACUAUUUAAUUUCAGUGGGGGCAGAUGUUAAUAGCAUCGAUUCUGAAGGACGCUCUCCACUUAUAUUAGCAACUGCUUCUGCAUCUUGGAACAUUGUAAAUUUGCUACUCUCUAAAGGUGCCCAAGUAAAUGUAAAAGAUAAUUUUGGACGUAAUUUUUUGCACUUAACUGUACAGCACCCUUAUGGAUUAAAAAAUCUGCGACCUGAAUUUAUGCAGAUGCAACACAUCAAAGAGCUGGUAAUGGAUGAAGACAACGAUGGGUGUACCCCUCUACAUUAUGCAUGUAGACAGGGGGGCCCUGGUUCUGUAAAUAACCUUCUUGGCUUUAAUGUGUCCAUUCAUUCCAAAAGCAAAGAUAAAAAGUCACCUCUGCAUUUUGCAGCCAGUUAUGGGCGUAUCAAUACCUGUCAGAGGCUCCUACAAGACAUAACUGAUACGAGGCUUCUUAAUGAAGGGGACCUUCAUGGAAUGACUCCUCUCCAUCUGGCAGCAAAGAAUGGACAUGAAAAAGUAGUUCAGCUUCUUCUGAAAAAAGGUGCAUUGUUUCUCAGUGACCACAAUGGCUGGACGGCCUUGCAUCAUGCAUCCGUGGGUGGGUACACUCAGACCAUGAAGGCCAUUCUUGAUACUAAUUUGAAGUGCACAGAUAGCCUGGAUGACGACGGGAACACUGCGCUUCACUUUGCUGCAAGGGAAGGCCACGCCAAAGCCGUUGCCCUUCUUCUGAGCCACAACGCUGACAUAGUCCUGAACAAGCAGCAGGCCUCCUUUUUGCACCUUGCACUUCACAAUAAGAGGAAGGAGGUGGUUCUUACGGCCAUCAGGAGCAAAAGAUGGGAUGAAUGUCUUAAGGUUUUUAGUCAUAAUUCUCCAGGCAAUAAAUGUCCAAUUACGGAAAUGAUAGAAUACCUCCCUGAAUGCAUGAAGGUACUUUUAGAUUUCUGCAUGUUGCCUUCCACAGAGGACAAGUCCUGCAGAGACUACUAUAUCGAGUAUAAUUUCAGAUAUCUUCAAUGCCCAUUAGAAUUCACCAGAAAAACAGCACCUACACAGGAUAUUACUUAUGAACCUCUUACAGCCCUCAAUGCAAUGGUACAAAAUAACCGCAUAGAGCUUCUCAAUCAUCCUGUGUGUAAAGAAUAUUUACUCAUGAAAUGGAUGGCUUAUGGAUUUAGAGCCCAUAUGAUCAAUUUAGGAUCUUAUUGUCUUGGUCUCAUACCUAUGACCUUUCUCGUUGUCAAUAUAAAACCAGGAAUGGCUUUCAACUCAACUGGAAUCAUUAAUGAAACUAGUGACCAUUCAGAAAUACUAGAUACCACGGAUUCAUAUCUAAUAAAAACUUGUAUGAUUUUAGUUUUUUUAUCAAGUAUAUUUGGGUAUUGCAAAGAAGUGGUCCAAAUUCUCCAACAGAAAAGGAAUUACUUUAUGGAUAUAAACAAUAUUAUCGAAUGGAUUAUCUACACAACAGGCAUCAUUUUUGUGCUGCCCUUAUUCAUUGAAAUACCAGCUUAUGUGCAGUGGCAAUGUGGAGCAAUAGCUAUUUACCUCUAUUGGAUGAACUUUUUAUUGUAUCUUCAAAGAUUUGAGAAUUGUGGAAUUUUCAUUGUUAUGCUGGAGGUAAUUUUGAAAACUUUGUUGAGGUCUACAGUUGUAUUUGUCUUCCUUCUUUUGGCUUUUGGACUCAGCUUUUAUGUCCUCCUGAAUUUACAGGAUGCCUACAGUUCUCCAUUGCUCUCUAUAAUCCAGACCUUCAGCAUGAUGCUAGGAGAUAUCAAUUAUCGAGAGUCCUUCCUAGAACCAUAUCUGAGAAAUGAAUUGGCAUAUCCAGUUCUGUCCUUUGCACAACUUAUUUUCUUCACACUAUUUGUCCCAAUUGUCCUCAUGAAUUUGCUUAUUGGUCUGGCAGUUGGUGACAUUGCUGAGGUUCAGAAACAUGCGUCACUGAAGAGGAUAGCUAUGCAGGUGGAACUUCACACCAGCUUAGAGAAGAAGCUGCCAUUAUGGUUUCUACACAAAGUGGAUCAGAAAUCCACUAUCGUGUAUCCCAACAAACCCAGAUCUGGUGGGAUAUUAUUCCAUAUAUUCUGUUUUUUAUUUUGCACUGGAGAAAUAAGACAAGAAAUACCAAAUGCUGACACAUCUUUAGAAAUGGAAAUAUUAAAGCAGAAAUAUCGGCUGAAGGAUCUUUCUUUUCUUCUGGAAAAACAGCAUGAACUCAUUAAACUGAUCAUUCAGAAGAUGGAGAUCAUCUCUGAGACAGAGGAUGAAGAUAACCAUUGUUCUUUUCAAGACAGGUUUAAGAAAGAGCAGAUGGAACAAAGGAAUAGCAGAUGGAAUACUGUGCUGAGAGCAGUCAAGGCAAAAACACACCACCUUGAGCAUUAACUUCUCAGACCUUCAAUGAGGCUUCCAAUGGAGGGUGCAUGACUUGCUAGUUUCAAUUUUCAGUUUAAAGAGAGUGAGGAAGAAGCAGAAAUCAAUUGAUUUCACUACAUGUGAAUUCAUGGUUACUGCAUGCUUUAUAAAAGUAAACUAUCUUUUAUCCUCUAUUCAUAUUUUCUACUAAUCACUAUGUAUUGGGGAUAUCUUUGCAGAUAUGCUUAAGCUGGACUUGACUUUGAAGAGAGAUAAUCUCAUUAUUUGAAAGGUAGAAGAUGAAUUUGCUAAAACACACAUUUUUAGUAAAAAGGAGUAAUAAAUGUAACUAUUAAGCUAGAAUGCAAAUGUCAGUACUGAAUUCCUGCUUGCUAAUUACACAAUAUGUGAUACCCUAGAAAAUAGUCACAUUUGUGACUAUUACACUUAGUAAUACCUUAGAUGGUAGUCUUAAAUAUUAGGUUGAGGUCUACCAGUUGAAAAACUUCUUUGUGUUGGAAGAGCCUGUGGGUGGCACCAUGUGUAUUCUUUUGUUCAUACUAUGAUGAAUAGCCCCACCCUUCUUGAUGUCCCCAACAGCUGAUGUCACUUUGAGCCAUAUAGUUGAAGUACAAAUUAACAGACCUUGUCAUAUGCAUGAAUUUUACCAUAGAUAAUAUGUUGUUUCUGUUUUUGUUUGCCAACGAGCAUAAUAAAUGUAAAACCUAUAUAGUAUACCUGUCAUUAUUGUAUGAGCCUUUGUUUUGAGAUUUGAAAAAACAUGCCUCCAUCACAUAUUCCCUCUUUUCUUUUGAUGUCUACUCAAAUCAUGAAUUAAUCACAUACCUCAUCAUUCAUCUUUUCAAAGUCUUUCUCUUGUUUUGUCUGAUAUUCUCUAUCAUCCUGAUUCACAUGUUUAUUCCCUCACUACCCCCAGGAGACAUUUACUCUAAUGAAUAUGUCUUUGGCUAUGUAUGUGUCCUUGUGUUAUACUGGACAGUGUUGUUUUGAGUUUGUUAUUUACAUAGAUGUUACUAUGUUAAUAGCUUUUAUUUCUGUUUUUUUUAUUUCUGUCAUACUUCUCACUUAUUUCUUAUAUUUUUACUCAUUUCUGUUUCUUACUGCUUUUCACUGGACAUGAUGUUUACAAGAUACAACUGUGUUACCGUAUUCCAUCUAGCACAGGGCCUUUGAUGUGGCUUACUAUUUCAUUGUGUACCUACCAUACUGGUCUUUUCUAGAGAUGGACAGCUUGGUUACCGCCACCUUCCUGCACACAUUCUCAAACAUGCUGAUGUUCAUACAAACCAGCAGAGUGCUGAGGGACAAUUUUGUGCUAUUACAAAACCAGACAUUUUUAUAUUCAUGGUCCAACAGAGCACGUGGCCUAGAGGCAAUGUUGUAUAUGCCUUAAUCUUUGAUGCAAAGAAUAUCUUUGUUCUUUAUAUUUCUUAAAAUAGAAAGGCUGGAAAAUCACAAUACAGGAUCAAUGACCAAAGAUCUCCUGGUCAUAAAGACAAAUAGUCUUUUCAGUCUUCACUCUCCUCAAACUUUGUGUAGCAUUGCACGAUAUAGACCUCAGUCAACAUUCACCAAGUACUAAGAAUGUGAGAAACAUGGUACCAUGCCUGUUAUGGAAAAUACUUAAUUAAGCAUAUUGUCUUACAA